AUGCCGCCGGAUCGGCGCGGCCUCGUUCAAGCCCGGCAGGCGGUGAUGCGACAGUAUGACCUCGCUCUCUGCCGCGCCGCCACGGAGCACAAAAGCCGGGAGUCCCUCAAAGAGAAGGUGCACCAUGCGGCAAGGAUCGCAGUCAGUCGACACAGCAGCGGCAUCGAAGUGAAGGGCUUCGUCUCACGGCUGGUGGACAUCUGUGAUGACCCCAUGGCCAUCAAGGAGAAUCUUCUACUCGUGAUCGAUUCGAUCAUGCGCCACGCCGAGAAGGAAGAUGUUAGUGCCGUCCGAAAGUUCGAGAAAGCUUUCGCGCCGCAUCUCUACACCCUCUUUGGCGCCUGCGUGAAAAGUAGUGAGAAUAGGUCGCAGGUGGCGACGUACCUGCUGAAAAAGUUAGUUCCCUUCUGGAAGGAGAACGCAUGGUUCUCCAGAGAGAUGCCGAAAGUUAUACAUCUUCUCGUGUCCAAGCUCAAGGAGGGCGAGAGGCCCGGCGAGAAAGGACCGAAGGAAGAGGCUUUCGAAGAGGGGCAGGCCGCGCAGGCUCGGGUGCCCUCGAAGAUGAAGGGGCCGGCGGACUCGAAGUUGCCGGAGGCUCCGACGUAUGUCGGGACAGAGGAGGCUGCUCCUGCGCCCAUGCCCGGGCUGAUACCCGAGACGCCGGCGAGCGGAAUCAUCCCGCGGACGCCGGCCACAAUCCCGGGAACGCCGGGCUUCCCUGCAAUCCCGCCGACACCGCGCACAGUCCCGGCAACGCCGGCCGACAGCGCUCUCAUACCCCAAACGCCCGUGGACAGGGAUGAUAAGGCGCGGCCGGGUUACCGGCCCUUCUCGGCUUACAAGGCCUACAAGGUACCAGUGCCUUUGGUGCCACCGCCGCAGAUGCCGACAGCAGACGACCACAUGAGUGACUACUCGCCGUCGGUAGCAGGUGAUCUGGUUCCGCCUCAGGAGCCGCCUCCACUCUACGAUCCUUUCGCCGAGCCUCCCCCGACAGCCCACUUCUCGUCCGCGGCCUACUCGCAGGAGGUGCAGACGGAGGAUCUCCUCCUACCGCCAGGCUACGGUCGCCAAGAAGAGGAUCUCUUGCACGAGACGCCCGUGUAUGGCGCGGAGACUCCUCUGACGCAGCGAACAGGAGAGGUGUACACCGAGAUACCCCUCCCAACGGAAGUUGGCACCAAGACGCUGACGUCAGAGGUGGCCUCCUCACAGAUUCCAACGAUCUCGCCGCACGCAGACGGCCGUCGUGUUCCACUGCCCGGCGUUCACGAAGACGAGCAGGUCCCAGUGCCCACGGAACCUGCUCCCUCAGAGAGGUUCCCAUAUGCGAUGAAAGAGGAGGAAGUUCCUAUGCCGACCUCGCCAGCCCCCUCCUCACCCGGUGCAGACAGGAGGGAGCUGCCGGUGCCAACUUCCCCAAUCGCUUCAGAGUUUGGCGAGGAAGACAGGCGGUUGGGCUACGGCGGCGAGGAUGUGCCCGUGCCUACAUCUCCAGUUGCUUCUGACGACGGGUACUACGCCGAGGACGUGCCGAUUCCCACAUCGCCGGUAGACUCUCCAGCCGGCGAAGACAGGCGUCCAGCUGUCCAUCCAGAGGACCGGGAGGUCCCCGUUCCGACGUCGCCGGUGCAGUCACCAGCUGACGACGAUGAACACAGGCCACCCGUGGUGCCGGUCUCGUCGGGCCACAUGUCCAGCGGGAUGCUGUCGGCACAAUCGGAAAGCGCCGACGAGCCAACGGAGUCCCCGAGUGAAGAGGUGCCUGCGCCGACGGAGGUGCACGAUGGGCCGGGUGAAGAGCCACCGAGUUUUGAGGAGGUGGAGUUCUUGCUGGAUGAGGCAGCCUUGAGAAACUCCGCAUCGGCGUCGUCGGGCAUUGGCCCCGUUUCUAGCGUGGAGGCUCCCGAGGAGGUCCCGCAUCCGGACAGUGCGUUGCCUACCUCGUCUGCGCCAGCAGAUCUGUUCCCCGACGACAGCACGGAGCCUUCAUCGCCGAUGCAAGCUGUGAACCCACCGACAUCGCCGGUGACUUCCCCGGCAGAGGAGAUGGAGUUUGUGGAUGAGGGCUCGGCCGCUACGGGCCUUCCUUCGGGAAGCCUCUUCGAGUCGGCGAAGCUGCGUGAGUCCGUCCCAGUACAUACUUCCUCGGUCUAUGUGACCUCGCCCACGGAAAUCGUGCCGACGGAUUUACCAGCACCCACCUCACCCGUGACGUCGCCGGCAGACGAGGUGGAGACACAGACGAUCCGUGAAGCGCUGCUGCCACAGCUUCAGCAGGAGGUGCACACAGAGAUGCCCGUUCCGACGGAGAUGCCCUCCCCAAGCGCAGCAUACGACGAGGAGGAGGAGGAGAUACCGCUGCACCUCCCACCGGGGAUCGUCCCAACAGAGGUGCCGAGCCCGACCUCACCAAGAGGGCUUCGGCCGCCGACGACGGAGCAUUCGAGCACAAGGGGCGUUCCUGCCACAGUGCGGACACGAGAGCCACCAACGCGCGAGCCGCCGACACUGGUGCCGCCAACCAGAGAGCCUCCGACACGAGAGCCGAUGCCGAUUCCCACAGAGGUUCCCUCCGAAACCUCGCAUCGGUUGAGGCCCGUGACGACGGAGGCCACGACCAUUGAGGAGGAUGUCACAUCGCCCACGGAAGAGGUUGAGGUCCAGACGAUGACGAUCCACGCGCCGAUGCCACCACCACCAGAGGUGCAUACCGAGAUGCCGGUGCCAACCGAAAUGCCCUCUCCUUCUGCAGUGCACGGUGACUUUGACGAAGAGGACAUCCCGCUGUACCUCCCGGAUACGCUGCGCCACCCGCCAGUUCCGGUUCCCACGGAGGUGCCAUCGCCAACCUCGCCGGGAUUGCUGCCAAGAGCGCCCACCAGUGAGCCGGCAACGGGGUCCCAGGGUCGCGCGCCGUUGCCAGUCCCGACUGAGGUGGCGAGUCCGACCUCUCUCAGAGUGCCUGUUCGGCCUCCAACCAGUGAGCACCCGACGAGCACCCGAGGCACAUUGCCGACAGCGCCGACGCGAGAGCCCCCGACACGCGAGCCGCCUACGCUGGUGCCGCCCACGCGGGAGUUCAUGCCGCCGACUGUGGAGGUGCCUUCAGAAGGCUCCCGGAGGUUGGCGCAUGUGACCACGGAAGCCACCAGCGUAGCGGACGUGGUGACUUCGCCCGCGGACGAGGUUGAGACCCAGACGAUCCGCGCCGCAAUGCCGCCGCCGGAG